UUGCCUGCACAAAACGACGUGGACAAUAUCCGUGCAGUAACUUUGCUUUUUCAACAAAGCAAGCCCUAUAAGUCUGCAGUUUUAGCGCGGGAGGAGCCAGUUUCCAUGGUAAAGAAGUAACAACAGCCUAGAAGACAAAUAUUUGGUCUGAGCUGGGAGUGAUCUAGCAACGUCUUGGAGGAAUGCAUUAUGGUUUUGGCUGUGGUUUUCUUUAUUUAAAGACCUACAUCUUGCAACCAGUUUUCCCUGAGUCCAGUGAGAGUGCAUCACGCACCACUGCUUUUAGAUGGAAUUAAUGGGGAUUCAUCAUCAAGGUGCAACAUGACCGAGCUCCAUGAAGCUGCGGCGCUGGGAGAUUAUGAUUUAGUGAAUGAGAUUCUGAAGACAGGGCGCUGUGAUCCCAAUCACAAAGAUGCUGACUGGAACGACAAGACACCGCUACACUGGGCGGCUGCAAAAGGGCAAUCAGACAUGGUAAAGCUGCUCGUGGAAUAUGGUGCUCGUCCUUGCUUGAGAAAUGACAUGGGUUGGACUCCAGCUCAUUUUGCUGCAGAGUCAGGAAGACCAGGCGUGCUAAGGAUGCUUCAUGCUUUGCAUGCUGCCAUGGAUGCUACAGAUCUCUAUGGCGACACUCCGAAAAGGGUGGCAGAAGUCUAUGGACACAAAGACUGCGUAAAGUUUUUAGAAACAGCUGAGGUGGAGUGCAGGAACUACCGUCUGACAGCAGCCCGGAAGGGGAUUCAGCUGGACCAAACGGAUGAAGAUUGGGAACACAAGAAAGAAGAGCUUGAGAAAACCAUACCUUGCACCCAAAAAAAACAUGCACGCUGCCCUCAGCAGAAAAAUAUAGGAAAGAGGCUGAAAAAAUAGGGAUUCCUUAAAAAGACAUGGAGAGUCUGUGGGUGGGCAUGAAGAUGCUAGCAGACUCCAGACAUGUAUGGAGUAUGAAAUAAAUGAGGGUGAAAAAGCAGGUGGCACUCAGAGGACGCUGUGAUGUGUUGUACCUAUGAUCAACAGUGGCAGUUUUUAUGAGUCGGGUCCCUACCUGUUUAUAUCCUUAUGUUCUUAUCCCAUGUAACGUAGGAGGGCUAGAAACCUGGACAUUUGACCUAUAUGUGCUGCUUCUGUGAUUUGGUGAACAUACAUGAUCUCGCGCUCAUAAAUGAUAACUAGAGA